CUUAAAUAAAACACAUGAAAAUCUCUUAAUUAUUGUUUCUAAAUUAUUUGUGAAAGUUAAAUUAUAGUUAGUAAAAUGGACCACGCUAUAACGCCGGAGCCGCAUUUGGUGCCAGGGUACACAGGUCAUUGUGCUCAGAAUCGGGACAGAGUGGGUCGAACCUAUGGUCGUCAGACACACAAGUUACUUAUAGAUCCCUGUAUUUACCAUGCCCCGGAACUGAUUGUAGCACCUAUUCAUGCCAAGCAUGGGCUUAAAGAUUACCCCACAGCGCAAGAGCUGAAGAUACUGCGCACUCGUGAGCAGCUAGUGGACUCCGUUUACAGACAUCCAAUUAUACCAGGAUACGCUGGCUUUGUGCCAAAUAUAGUGAGUCAAAUUGGAAAGCGUUACGUGGCCGCCGCAUCCGCAGGUGUGGCUCGUCACGAGACCCUGAUGGAGUGGUACCGCUGCGAGAAUCGGACGCUUAGGCACCGGGACCUGCUGGAAAGUGGGAACGGUUUGUUUGAAAGAAAAAUCAACGAGAGGCUGCUGCCACAGUCCUACUACCGCUCCCCUUUAAUUCCGGUCACCGGAGUAUCCAAGGGUAUCAAGGACGAGGUCUGUCCUCCUAGGGCCGAGAAGCUUUGCUACAGCAAGUUCACAUCGCCGCAUUUCCUUGAGGACGAGGAUGCAGACAAAUUUAUUAUUAAUGGAUACGCCGGACAUAUCCCCAUGUCUGUUACACGUUUCGGGGAGUCCAACAAGGUUCUUACCAACCGGGCGCUCUGCAGCUUCUCGGAUUAUAUGUACAAGCAAAAACGAGAUAAGUGGUGUUGUGGCCAGGACCUAAGCCGGCCGGCCAUAACAUGUCCACCUGUUGGGCACUUUGUAGUCUAUCAUACCGACAACGGAAUGAUUCCCAAUUAUGCGGGUCACGUUCCUGGGGAGACUUACAAGUUUGGACGGACGUACGCGAAGACCACCUAUGAUGCCAAGCGGUGGCUGGAGGUGCACAAGAAUCUCACCGUGCUCCCGGAGGUGGCCAACCUGGAUUACGCCUACUAACGAACUCAAUGUAAGGGUAUUCCCCUCUGGAUCGUUUUUAAAAUGUAACGCUUUCGCAGAGCCUUGCCACUCCGCAGCGGUUAUUGGAGCAUUUAUUGUCUAUGUAUUACAUGGUCACAUUGGCGAUUGUUGUGAUGUAUCGAUACAACAACAACAUCCCCAGCUUUCUAUCUACGUCGUUUGUUGCAGCAAAUAAAUAAGUUUUAAUUAUUUGUGCACCUCUAAAA